ACCAUCCCAGCUGUGCUCUCUGGCUGCUGCCGCCACUCCCAGCCCUUGCCUCUGGUAUAUCUUAAAGAUCCAGAAACAUGACUGACUCCAAGUACUUCACAACCAAUAAAAAGGGAGAAAUCUUUGCAUUAAAAGCUGAACUCAACAAUGAAAAGAAAGAAAAGAGGAAAGAGGCUGUGAAAAAAGUGAUUGUUGCUACGACUGUGGGGAAGGAUGUUAGCUCUCUCUUUCCGGAUGUAGUCAACUGUAUGCAGACGGAUAACCUGGAAUUAAAGAAGCUCGUGUAUCUGUACUUGACAAACUACGCCAAGAGUCAACCAGACAUGGCCAGCAUGGCUGUCAACAGUUUUGUGAAGGACUGUGAAGAUCCCAAUCCUUUGAUUCGGGCCUUGGCAGUCAGAACCAUGGGGUGCAUCCGGGUGGACAAGAUUACAGAAUAUAUUUGUGAGCCCCUUCGCAAGUGCUUGAAGGAUGAAGAUCCCUAUGUUCGGAAAACAGCAGCAGUCUGUGUGGCAAAACUCCAUGAUAUCAAUGCCCAAAUGGUGGAAGAUCAGGGAUUUCUCGAUUCUCUGCGGGAUCUCAUAGCAGAUUCAAAUCCAAUGGUGGUGGCUAAUGCUGAAGCAGGAUUGUCUGAAAUUAGUGAGUCUCACCCAAACAGCAACUUUCUCAAUUUGAACCCACAGAACAUUAAUAAGCUACUGACAGCUCUGAAUGAGUGCACCGAGUGGGGCCAGAUUUUCAUCUUGGACUGCUUGUCUAACUAUAACCCUAAAGAUGACUGGGAAGCUCAGAGCAUCUGUGAGUGGGUAACUCGGUUAUCCCAUGCCAACUCAGCAGUGGUAUUCUCAGCAAUAAAAGUCCUAAUGAAAUUUCUGGAAUUGUUACCCAAGGACUCCGACUACUACAAUAUGCUGCUGAAGAAGUUAGCUCCUCCACUUGUUACUUUGCUGUCUGGGGAGCCAGAAGUGCAGUAUGUUGCCUUGAGGAACAUCAACUUAAUUGUCCAGAAAAGGCCUGAAAUCUUGAAGCAGGAAAUCAAAGUCUUCUUUGUGAAGUACAAUGAUCCCAUCUAUGUUAAACUAGAGAAGUUGCACAUCAUGAUUCGCCUGGUGUCCCAAGCUAACAUUGCUCAGGUUUUAGCAGAGCUGAAGGAAUAUGCCACUGAGGUGGAUGCUGACUUCGUUCGCAAAGCUGUGAGGGCCAUUGGACGAUGUGCCAUCAAGGUGGAACAAUCUGCAGAGCACUGUGUAAGCACAUUGCUUGACUUAAUCCAGACCAAAGUAAAUUAUGUGGUCCAAGAGGCAAUUGUUGUCAUCAGGGAUAUCUUCCGCAAAUAUCCCAACAAGUAUAAAAGUAUUAUUGCCACUCUGUGUGAGAACUUAGACACCUUGGAUGAGCCAGAUGCACGAGCAGCCAUGAUUUGGAUCAUGGGAGAAUAUGCUGAAAGAAUUGACAAUGCAGAUGAGUUACUAGAGAGUUUCUUGGAGGGUUUUCAUGAAGAAAGUACCCAAGUCCAGCUCAUUCUGCUUACUGCCAUAGUAAAGCUGUUUCUCAAGAAACCAUCAGAAACACAAGAGCUCAUCCAACAGGUCUUGAGUUUGGCAACACAGGAUUCCGAUAAUCCUGACCUCCGAGACCAGGGCUAUAUUUAUUGGUGUCUUCUCUCAACUGACCCAGUGACAGCCAAAGAAGUAGUCUUGUCUGAGAAGCCACUAAUCUCUGAGGAAACAGACCUUAUUGAGCCAACUCUGCUGGAUGAACUGAUAUGUCACAAUGGUUCCUUGGCCUCUGUGUAUCAUAAGCCUCCCAAUGCUUGUGGGAGUCAUGGGAUUCAUCGCAAACACUUGCCAAUUCAUCAUGGGAGCACUGAUGCAGGUGACAGUCCUGUUGGCACCACCAUUGCAAGCAACCUGGAACAGCCUCAGGUUAUCCCCUCUCAAGGUGACCUUCUUGGAGAUCUUUUAAAUCUUGACCUUGGUCCCCCAGUCAAUGUGCCACAGGUGUCCUCCAUGCAGAUGGGAGCAGUGGAUCUCCUGGGAGGACUAGAUAGUCUGGUCGGACAGUCCUUCAUCCCAUCAUCACUGCCUGCAACCUUUGCUCCCUCACCGACUCCUGCCAUAGUCAGCAGUGUUCUUAAUGACCUGUUUGAACUCUCCAUGGGGAUAGGCAUGGCGCCUGGUGGAUACGUGGCUCCUAAGGCUGUCUGGCUACUUGGAGUAAAGGCCAAAGGCUUGGAGAUUUCAGGAACAUUUACUCACCGCCAGGGGCACAUCUAUAUGGAAAUGAACUUCACCAACAAAGCUCUGCAGCAUAUGACAGACUUUGCAAUCCAGCUUAACAAGAACAGCUUUGGUGUCAUCCCAAGCACUCCUCUGGCCAUCCAUACACCACUGAUGCCAAACCAAAGCAUUGACGUCUCCCUGCCUCUCAACACCUUGGGCCCAGUCAUGAAGAUGGAACCUCUAAAUAACUUGCAGGUGGCUGUUAGAAACAAUAUUGAUGUCUUCUACUUUAGCUGCCUCAUCCCACUCAAUGUGCUUUUUGUAGAAGAUGGCAAAAUGGAGCGCCAAGUCUUCCUGGCAACAUGGAAGGACAUUCCCAAUGAAAAUGAACUCCAGUUUCAGAUUAAGGAAUGUCAUUUAAAUGCUGACACUGUUUCCAGCAAAUUGCAAAACAACAAUGUUUAUACUAUUGCCAAGAGAAACGUGGAAGGGCAGGACAUGCUGUACCAGUCCCUAAAGCUCGCUAAUGGCAUUUGGAUUUUGGCUGAGCUACGUAUCCAGCCAGGAAACCCUAAUUAUACGCUGUCACUGAAAUGUAGAGCUCCUGAAGUGUCUCAAUACAUCUAUCAGGUCUACGAUAGCAUUUUGAAAAACUAAUAAACUGGUCCAGUAUCCUCCCA